GCUUUAAUACACUGUGUUGAUGUCCACAGAGAGAAAUAGAUAAGAGCUCUCGCAGAGGGCUACUGAAGGCCAAAAAAAUUACACGCAUGGUUGCAAGAUUAGGAUGUGUUAAUCUGCUGUCUCGAUUCUGGAUUCUUAUCUUCUUCUUCUUCUUCUUCUUCUACUCCCUUGGAUGGGUGGAUUCUUGUCAAUUUUCAAUUUCUCAUGAGAUAGGAAGAGGAAAGAAUCAGUAGUUCGGAGAACAGAUGGGAAAAGGAGCCGUUCUUAGAAAGGCUGCUGGUCCCUUCAAUCUCAUCAUCAGAGGACAGGAGUCCAUCCCCUCAUCAUCAUCAUCAGCUCCUUCUGAUCUUUCAUUUCCCAUCUCCAAUUCCAUCAUUAAACCAUCUUCUGGUGCUUCUCAUUCCUUCUGCCAUGGCGAAACAUGUAGAAAACAGGAUUCAAUGGUGAGGGAAGAUAAAAGAGCAGCUGGGUCUUGCCGCGAUUCUAAUUUUGGGACUGUUCCGUCUCAAAUUGAGGUCAAAAAUGCGAUUUCUGCUCUUCAGGAAUUAACUACUGUUUCAGGUAUGAAUGCAUCUGAUCAAAAUGCCAUUGCAGCCAGAAUUAUACAUGAGACUUCUUCACCAGGAUCAGGGUUAAAUUGGGUCCAGUCAUUGUUGUUCUUUUGUGAUCCAAGAAUACUGCAGUCUCAUGGAUAUCGGAGAAUUUGUGAUGCUUUCCGUUUACUACGAGCAGAGCCAUCUGUUCAGAAAAUGGUUGUUUCACUCUCAACGGAUAAAGCUGUGUGGGAUGCCAUAAUGAACAACAAAGCAGUUCAAGAGCUCCGAGUUUCACACUCUGCAGAGGAAAGGCCUCAAAGCUCCAACGAAGAACCAGGCUUCUCUACAUACAUCUUGAGUUGGAUUUUGCACUUGACUAAGGCAACAGUUAUGGAGCUGAUUGAGAAAUUCAAAUCACUCGUGAAUGAGAUAUUUCAACCUCCAGAUAGUGAGAAGCAUACUGCAGAAACCAAGGAUACAUUGGAGGAAAAGCUUAGAUCAUCUGUGCUCCUCUCUGUCGUGAUCCUCCUGAUUGUGGUUGUGACUCGGUUCCAAAGAAUCUGAUUGUUAUAUUACAAUACAGGUGCUCACACUCCCCAUUUGAUUGACAUAAAAAUAAAUGUGCCUAAUGUGAUCAUUGCCAUUUAGCUUUCAGGAUCAGCUAGUGAAUCUUUGCAUAUAUUUAGUAAAUUCAACUUGUGUAUUUUCAAAACUUUCAAUGAUCCUAACAUGCUUUUGUUUAUGAAUAAUGCUAAUAAUAGCAUGAAGAUACUCUUGAUUGUUGCA